UAUACUGCAUUCCGUGUUUCUCAUCGAAUGCAUUCAACAGCAAGAGACUUUCUGCUAGAGUUUGCACCUGUGUACAGUGUUGAAUCAAAGUUUCAGACACAAAGCCGUAUGUAAGCGGCUGCUGUGUUUUUUUUUUUUUAUACUACGGAACGAUGGAUGAAUCCAUUGACCCAAAGGAGCUGAGAGUUACGUUGGAAACUUAUAAGAAGCUUGCGAAUGAUUUUACGAAUCAUGAUACAAUUCUGAAGGAUCGAACAGUUCUCUCUUAUCUCGCUUACGUUCUUGAAGUUCCUGAUCCCGAAGUCGUCGAAUUGGCACUCAGUAUCCUCGAGGUAUUCACCAGGAACGUAGAGAAUUAUGUUCACGUAACUUCUACGUUUGGCGUGCGUGAAGCUCUUGACGCUGUUAUAAACAAAUACAGUAUUGACAAUGCUGAACUCGCGGAGCACGCACAAACCAUUAAGAAUGACAUUGAACGCAUGAAACCCCCUAUUUAUAACUUACGCAGCCGUUGUAGGAGAGUCAUUGAACCAAAGAAACUGAAAACUCAUGUUGUCGUACUCCAUGUCAGUGGUUUGUUGCCGGAGACGAGAGCAGACUUAGAAGCAACUCUAAUAAGGAUCGAAGGAUUGAUUUCUCUUGUGGUUGACGUUGAACAUCAGCGAGUAACGAUGAGAACCUUGAUCAACGUCACAGCUAAACAAAUCGCCGAAGCCAUCAGAGAUAAUACUGAAAACAUGGAGGCUCGAUUAGUCACUAGGAAUAAAUUCAACCAAGAGUUUCUCGUAAAACUGAUCAACAAUGACAACGGAGAGUAUAACGAGAUGCCUGAAUAUUUGCCAGAGGACGAUGAGCCGGAGGCGGAAAGAGAGGGGGUUGUGUCACUUUUCACAGGGUUAAGGCAGAGCGCUUCGACCCUGUACAAGUCUACAGCAGAAUUCCUCCACAACUCAUUUUACUGGUGAAUUUUAUCCGCUUAAGAUCUGACCAUUGUAUUUAAGGAGAAGGCAACGCGAGAAGCGAAGCCGUUGCGUUACUUCAGCGAUAUACAAAUAAUCGAAAUAUUUUCCGCAUUUCGAGAAUCUCAGUCUCUCGCUCUCUGCCUAAAAGAAAAAAACUCAUACAAAGAAAAACAGUAAAAAACAUCAACUUGACAAGCGCCAAGCAUUUUCUCGGCGUUUUUGAAUGCGAUCGUCAAUUCGCGAAAUCAAUUCUGUCGGUAACGAGCGGUGUCGAAAUCUGCAUCGUAGGAAAGCAACAUUUUUAUUUAUCGAAAAAAAAGCUACAGAAUCUCCAAAGUAUAUGAAAAAAUCGACUGAUUUCGAAGAUUUCUGACUCCAUUACGACGAUGCAAAUUUCAAUACCUCAAUCAUGUCUAUAUUUAUAUAUAAAAAAAAAUCCAUAUAUAAAUAGGCAUAAAUUUACGUGUCGCUUAAACAUCUGCGAGUUUCCAAUUUUUAGAUUUGUACAUAUUUCAAUCAUAUACAGAUUUGUGAAUAUUAAUUAGCAAUAUCCCGGGGAAGAAAAAAAAAUUCGAAAAUCAUUUAUCCUCUGUGAGUGACUCAUUUUUUUCCCUUUUUUUUUUAAUUAGAUACAAAACUUUUUUGAUACGACUUACGGGUAUCGAUAUACAUUGUUCGGAAGAAUCUCUAUUUAAUUUUUUUCCACGUUUUCCGACCAAUGAUUCUGGUGCAUUUUUUUACCUUCGGACAUUUAUUCUCAUAGCGAUUCCUUCAUUAUCUUUGCAAUCCUCUGAAUUUAAUUUGGGAAAGCAAAUAAUGCAGCAGUUCACAAUCAUCAUAAUCGACGCGUUGUUCUUUCUUUUUUCUUCUUAAUUUUCAAAACAAUAAACGCGUCAGGAACAAUGGUAUCAGCGUCGUUAUGAUAUUACUCAUGAUUUUCUCAUUUUCUCUAAAAAGACUGUAAACUUUUGUUUUAUAUUUUUGAAAUCGCGUGGGUUGUGUGUAUUUUAAAAGUCACGACCAUUGUUUCUUAUUAUUAUCAUUAUUAUUAAAUAUUCAAUAAUUAUUAAGUACAAACCGUCACUAAGCCGUUGAGCCGUGAAUAGCCCUUAAUUACUCACCCAAAUAAAAGAUCAUUAUUGUCUUUACCCCCGAUUUCGACUAUAUAUUUGUUGUUAUUUAACGUAUAUAUGUAAUUACAUAGCCAAGAUUUUCCGGUAUGUUUGAUGAAAAAAUUCAACGAAAUAUCGUAUCGUCUCCAAGAUGUUAUGAAUAAACGAAUAUUCCCCGA